AAAGUUAUAUUAAAUAACGUAGUACGUUCGCUCACUAUUCAGUAUCAUAUAGUUCUCGUCUGAGUUACUUACUUAACAUUAACGGAUUUUUUUAUUAGCUUCGCAUUGUUUGAUCAAGCAAAUUAAGUUUGAAGGACAAGCGUGUCUAAAGAAUUUGGCAAAUUUACAUUUUUUUGACUUAGUAACUUAACGUAGUGAAAUUAGAUUUUUUUGUAUUUUUUUUUCAAAAUUAGUAUAGAAAUUAUGAUUCAGUGUAAAAAAAUCUUAGUUUUGUACGUGGGUGGGACAAUAGGAAUGCAAAAAAAUCAAAAUGGAGUUUAUAUUCCUAUACCGAAUACGUUUUUGAAGAAGGUGAAAAAUUCAGAAAUGCAUGACAAAUUGCUGUGUGAAAAAUAUGGACUGCCAAUGGACGAAAACGAACUUAUUUUACAAACUAUCGGAGAACACACUAUUUUAUAUAAAAUCGAAGAAUAUUCUCCUUUAUUAGACUCCAGUAAUAUGUCCACCAAGGAAUGGAUUAGGAUAGCUCAAGACAUCAAGAAAAACUACAAAUUAUUUGACGGCUUUGUAGUGCUGCAUGGGACGGAUACGUUAGCUUACACAGCCUCAGCUCUUUCGUUCAUGUUAGAUAACUUGCAAAAAUCUGUAAUCAUCACGGGAUCACAAAUUCCAAUUUUCGAGACUAGGAGUGAUGCCAAAGACAACUUUCUGUCUUCCUUGAUCUUUGCAAGCUGUUAUGACAUUCCAGAAGUUUGCGUCUUUUUCGCCAACAAACUACUCAGAGGAAACAGAACUACUAAAAUCAGUUCUAACUUACUGGAUGCGUUUGACAGUCCCAACUACCAUCAUUUAGGCGAAACAGGUAUUGAAGUACAUGUUUAUGAGCAUUAUAUAAGAAAAAAUACUAGAAAAGGAAAUAUAGCGGUGCAUACGAAUAUUAAUCCUAAUGUAGGAACACUUAGUUUCUUCCCUACAAUUACCAGUACACAGUUAGAAUCAUUUUUGAAACCGCCGGUUGAUGGAGUGGUACUGCAGAGUUACGGUGCUGGAAAUAUACCAUCCAACAAGCCAGAGUUGCUCAGGGUACUGAAAGAAGCUGUGCAAAGAGGCGUUUUGAUAGUUAACAUAAGUCAGUGCGCUAGAGGAACUGUCAGUAUAGCCUACGAAACAGCACAAGCUUUGGAAGAAAUUGGUAUAAUCUCUGGCAGUGACAUGACAGUUGAAGCAGCCUUAACAAAACUGUCAUAUAUUCUGGGAUCCGCAGGUACCUACGAAGAUAAAGUUAAGUUGCUGAAAUCAGACUUAAGAGGAGAACUCACCAAUUCAAAUAUAAAAUGAAGUUUAAAAUUUGUAAAUAUGUAUUUUUUACGAUAUUUAUUUGUAUGUUAUUUAAUAAAAAAAUAAUGAUAUAAAAGUAUUUUUAUUUAAUCCAAUGAAUAUUAUUUUGAAAUAAAAAAAAACAGAUGUACACUCAGGGACUACA